AUGUCUCCCUUUGAGGGGGACGGUGAGAUGACGGAGUCGAUGACAGACGGAGAGCAGAGAGCAAAUAAGGACGAAGACAAAGCAGGAAAUACAGGUAUUUAUACAUACUUCAGUAGGAAUGUGUACAUUACUGCGUACACUGGAGACUCAGCAUUCCUGCCUUGCUCUUCUUAUGAACAUUCAGAGGAACCUCAGCAAUUCUACUGGUCCAAACGAGACAAAUCAGGCGGAAGAGAUGUAGACUACGAGUACAGAGGAAGAAGACAAAUUCAGCUGUUUGAUGAUGUCUCUACAGGAAAUUUCUCUCUACUCAUACCACACCUGACUGAAGAGGAUGAGGGAGAGUAUGAGUGUUUCCACACUGUAACUGACAUGGUCAUGUGUAUAUCCACUGUAAAAGUAACUGUCCGGCCAAUAAUUCCAUGCAUAAACAUCCCUAUGACUUCAACAAGAGGGCCUGGUACUUCAACACCAAUUUCUGCAGCAGUACCAGCGUCAGACAUUAGACAAGCAAGUGCAGACCCACAUUCAAGCCAGUCUGUGACCUACCUCCCCAUUGCUGUUGUGGCCACUAUCAUAUUCCACAUAGUGUUUGCUCUCAUGUUUCACUUCAAGAAAACCAAAGUGCCAGUUCCAGCCAAUGUCCACUGCAGUACUGCUGAUCCGGAAGAAGCAGUGAUGAAGCUUCAGCUCGAUGCUCCAAUCACUCCCCAAUUACAGCGCAUUAAUCAAGCAGAGGAGAUCCAGCGGGAGCAGCCAGGAAAGACUCAGCCCUUUUUCAGAACACAUUGGAAAACUGAUUUACUCAACACAAUUCGAGAUCACACAGUGACCCCUGCUGCUCAG